UGUGGGCUGUGUGUCUGUGAUGGCUGUUCUUGAUGAUGGAAAGGGAUUACUUUCUAGUUCUAUGGAAAUUUUUUCAACAGCUUAACCUUAAAAAAUCAGGAAUGUAUGUAGAUUUUAAUUGAAAACUUUCAACAUCAGAGCAUCUUUGUGUUUUUUUCCUUAACCUACUAAUAGGUUACUUGAUUUUGUGAUUUUAAGCCAUCCUUGUAUUCCUAAAUAAUCCUUAUUGGUCACAGUGUAUUCUUCUUUUACUAAACUGUCAAAAUCAGCUUGGUGGUAUUUUCUUUUGGUUUUUGGCACCCAUGUUGCUGGAGGUUGGAUAGCUAAGAGUGUGAGCCCUUCGCUCAGAAUACUGGAGUUUGAAUCUCGAUCCUUUAUUCCCUUGGCUAUUAACAGCACUUCUCAGGUGAAGCUGCCCAAGUGUUUAUCUCUGCUGAGUUCCAGAUUCUUAUAACAAUUGCCUGAAUUGAUACUCCCACUUGAAUGGCUCAUAGAUGUAGCAAAGUUAGUAUGUCCAAACUAAAACUUUAUUUUCUCUCAAAAGCAUGGCCCUCCAUCAGUUUCCUCUGUUUCAAUAGAUGGCAUCACCACCAUCAGCCUGGCUAUGAAAGCCACAAACCUGAUCAACUCUCACUUCUCCAUCCACUCUAUCUGCUUAAUUGGUUCUUUCUGCAAAAUACAUCCCAUUUUUUCACAGCUCCUCAACUGCAUUGGCACAGUCCCAGGCCACACCACCAUCUUCCUUCAAUCGUUUUAUAAGUGGUCUCACCAUUUCCUUUCUUGCCCCCCAAAUUUUCUACUUACACAACAGGGUGAACUUUCUUAAAAAAAAGAAAAAGAUCCUGUGAUGUUAUUCUCCUAAGACCCUUUAAUGGCUUCCCACUGUCUUUCAGGUUCCAGAUACCUAUCUUCCUUAGUGCUUGAACCCACAAACUAAACAUCUUACUCACCACUGUGUCCUCAGCCACAGCACAAUGCUAGACCCUUAGAAGACAACAAAUAUUUGUUAAACUAAUCAAUGGCUAUUGUACAGUAACUUUUUUCUCCAUUUCUCCUAUGGUUUAUCGUCAAGUUUUCUAUUUCUUUAAAAACUGGCACGUACUAGCUGUUCCAUAAAUAUUUGUUAAAUGCAUUGAUUCUAACAUCUGUUUUUAUAAUUUAAUAGGAAGGCAAUCCAUCCCACAAAGAUUUUUAAUUCAUAAAACUUUUACUUUUCAGAGUUAGGUCUCUAGAGUCUGCUUUUGCAUGUGGUGUUAGGGUCCUAGUUUUAUUUUCCUCUAGUUUCCCAGAAGCAUCUGCUAAACAAAUGUUUCUUUCUCCAUUGAUUUGUGGUGUCCGAUUUAUCAUUUAUCAGGUUUGUACUAAAGAAUAUAUACAUGGGUUUAUAUCUGAACUUGCUAUUCUCCUUCCUUUGAUCUGUAGGUCCGUUUCUAGACUGUUACCCUAUUUAUUACAUAUUUAUUACUAUGACUUUGUAAUAGGAUUUAAUGUCUGAUAACAGUAGAUUCUCUCCUUUUUUCUCUUCUUAAGGUUGAGUUUGCUACCUGUGGACAUUUCUUACCUCUUGUGGGUUUAUUGAAUUCCUCAAAAAAUCCAGAUAAGUCAUCAUGGUGAAAAGCCACAUAGCCAAUUGGAUCCUGGUUCUCUUUGUGGCCACGUGGAGUGACAUGGGCUUCUGCAAGAAGCGACCAAAGCCUGGAGGAGGAUGGAACACUGGGGGGAGCCGAUACCCAGGACAGGGCAGUCCUGGAGGCAACCGCUAUCCACCCCAGGGAGGGGGAGGCUGGGGUCAGCCCCACGGUGGUGGCUGGGGACAGCCCCACGGUGGUGGCUGGGGUCAGCCCCACGGUGGUGGCUGGGGACAGCCCCAUGGUGGUGGAGGCUGGGGUCAAGGUGGUGGUACCCAUAAUCAGUGGAAGCCCAGUAAGCCAAAAACCAACAUGAAGCAUGUGGCAGGAGCUGCUGCAGCUGGGGCGGUGGUAGGGGGCCUUGGUGGCUACAUGCUGGGGAGUGCCAUGAGCAGGCCUCUUAUACAUUUUGGCAGUGACUAUGAGGACCGUUACUAUCGUGAAAACAUGUACCGUUACCCCAACCAGGUAUACUACAGGCCAGUGGAUCAGUAUAACAACCAGAACAGCUUCGUGCAUGACUGUGUCAACAUCACAGUCAAGCAGCACACGGUCACUACCACCACCACCAAGGGGGAAAACUUCACUGAGACGGACAUCAAGAUGAUGGAGCGUGUGGUGGAGCAGAUGUGCAUCACCCAGUACCAGAGAGAAUACGAGGCUUAUUACCAAAGAGGGUACGGGUUACACAGCAGCUAUUGCAUCAAGAAUGGAUAUUCGUGCAACACUAGACUUCAGGGCAGAGGACAUUUUCACAGGGAAUGAACAUAACUAACAUAAUAUGAAAGGCUUCUGAGACUAAAAAUUUCCAGCAUAUGGAAGAGGUGCCCUCGGAGACAGCCUCCCAUUUUGGAUGUUUAAAGCACCUUUAUAUGGUAUUCUUUUCUUUAGUAAUGUAAACUAUAGAUAAUGAAGAUACUUUAAUUAAACUACCUUCUGGACACUGAGAGCAAAUCUCUUUUGUUUGUGUACCUGGAAAGCAGAAUGAUUUUAACAUUGUUUGGAUGAAGCCAGGAGAUUUUAACAUAGAGGAAACAGCAGCUAUAAAAAACACGGUAUUCAGGUCCUUAGUUUCUGGAAUUGGCUUUUGAAUCAAAGAAUAGGGAGGCAUUCCAAAAGAAAAAUAGGUUAGAGAUGGUAGGAAUAUGAUCCAUUCAAAGUGGAAAAAGCAAUUCUGUUACCAUUAUUUAAGUAAGGUAAAAUUAUUCCCUGGGUUGUUCAAUAUUGUCACCUAGCAGAUUUACAUUACUAUUCUGCACUGUUAUUACUGGCUUGCACUUUGUGGGUAUCCUAUGUAAAAAAAAAAAAAAUUUAUAUAUAUAUAUAUACAUAUAUAUAUAUUGCAUAUGACAAAAUUAGAAAUUUUGGUUAGAGCGAUUAACAUCUGAACUAUCUAAUGCAUUACCUGUUUUUGUAAGGUACUAAAUACUUAAUAACACUUAAAGGAAACCCUUUUGUGUGGUCCUUAGGCUUACAAUGCGCACUGAAUAGUUUUGUAUAAGAAUACAGAGUGGUAUUUGAAAUACGCAUGUGCUUUAUAUUUUCUAUAUUUGUAACUUUGCAUGUACUUGCUUUGUUGUAUUAAAAGUUUAUAAGUGUUUAAUAUCUGACUAAUAUUAAACAGGAGCUAAAAGGAG